CCAUUUCCCUAGGGAGGGGACCCAGAGGAAAGGUUUCUAAACCAUGCUUCCAGGCUGAGGCUUAUUUUUUUUCAGAAUCAACAUCUCUCAUUGGCUUUUUCUUUCCCAUGAUUUAAAAGAGAGAGAAAGAGAAACAAAUCAUGGAGAAGGAGACAGUACACAGACGACACAGGCUCAUCACAGGGGUUCCACCCACUGUCAUGGCCCCUGGGCUUCACAAAGGGGUCACUGAAGCAUCUGAACUUCAGAGGAGCAAGAGUGUUGGGGGAUUUUCCCCUAAGGGAGAAGCUGUGGCUCCCAUUGAGAAGCUGCUGCAGGAGUUUGAAGGUGAAGAUUUGGACAAAGAGUCAAAAGGUGAAGCUGAGGAUAUUAGCUGCCAGAUAAUUCUAGAGGAUGACAAGGAUAGUCAGGAACAGGGUGACCUAAAAAGAGUGGAUCAAGACAAGGACAAAGAUAAAGACAAAGAAAAGGUGGAGAAAGAGGUUGAAAAGAAGGAAGAAGAGGAGCAAAUUAAGACAGACCAAGAUGAAGCUAAGAGAGACAAAGAGAAAGAAAACUCUGUUCUUGAACUAAAUUCAACACAGACCCUGGAAAAGGAAUUACAAGCAUUAAAGUUGGAUGAUCUUCUUCUGGAUACAGAAACAAAUCUUGCUAAACCACCUGUUGCCUUUGUAGAGAUUGAUUUGGAAGAACGAACUGAGGAGAAAGUUGAAAAUACUUUGACAGAAGAGAAAUCAUCCAAGGCUGAAGCAGGAGAUAUGUCUGAAGAUGAAUCAAAGACCAUGUGGAUAUGCUGUUUUCCAAUCUCAACUAAGAAGAAGUCAAAAGAAAAAGCAUAGUAACCUCAUUAGAAGGGAGCUGAAUGUUGUCACUAUCACAGAGAAGGGCUCUGACCAGGUGGACUAGGAGACAAGCCAAGACCAACCUGCAGGGGCCACUUUUGCAGAAGAUCAAUUGGGGACCUCCCACAAAGAAUUAAAAUUGGAGAAAAAGAAAGCAGUUGAAAUGGGGAAAUGUCUCUA